GACACCAUGUCGCGCCGGACCCAGGUCGCGCUGCUGCUGGCCGCGCUGCUGGCCUGCGCGCUGCCCACCAAGCAGGAAGACGACUUUGAUUUGGCGGAUGCUGUGGAAGACGGCAACGACAAGGCCACUCCGAAGCCCCCCAAGAAACCCAGCGGUGGAGUGGACUUGAACUUGGCGGAUGCCCUCGAUGGUGGCGGCGGAGGCUUGAACCCGGAGCCCGCGAAUCCGCCCAAGCCCAGACCGAACCCGAACCCGAACCAGCCAGGCUCAACUGGUGACUUCUCCGAUGCUGACCUCCUGGACGGACACUCGGACGGAGGCGGCGGUGACGGUCAUCCCGGGAACCACCGGAAAGACGGGGAAGGGGAGGCCCAGGCCGACUCUCCCGGCGUGAUCUCGGGCAUCGUCGGGGCCGUGGUGGUGGCCGUGGCUGGCGCCGUGUCCAGCUUCAUCGCCUACCAGAAGAAGAAGUGGUGUUUCAAGGAGAACGCAGGUCAGGACGUCGUCAACAUGGAGAACCAGCACAGGACCAACGCAGAGCCGCCCGUCCAGCAAACCCUCCUGAAGAGAUAAGAAUCACCGCCCUGAACCCGGACGCGGGAGUUCUGAACCACCGCUGCGCCGGGCGUUGGCAGACAAUCACCCCCGUGCCUGUUCCCCGCGGAGGGCCAGUGCCCGCCAGACCCCCUCCUUGGGCCCUGGCACCCGGCCGGCUACAGCUGGGGGUCUCCGUGACAUCAUCCGGACCCUCGGAACCUGCAAGCCCGGCCCUUACCCAGGACGAGCGUUGCGUCCACGCCUUCACUUUCUUUGGGAGCCUUUGGGGGUUCCCGAGUGCGAUAUUCCGGGCACAGUGAUGCCCACGUAAUGCCAACAGACCCUCCCCACAGAAGCCUUCCUGGGAAUCCUGGGGGCCGACCGACCCUCACCUAUGGCCUCCCGCAGCAGGGAAGCCGCCCCCCCCCGCCCCCGCAGA